UACUGAUUUGCCAAAUGUCGAUCCAGGAAUUUCUCGAUUUGUUGGUUGGCUGGUCCAUUGAUCCUGCACUUCCACCGGAGAUCUCACAGCUAGUAUCUGAGUUUUUCCGUAGAGUCUGGCCAUUCUGGAUCGUUCGAAUUGAAAGCGCCAUGAACUUUAUGCAGCAGAUCCUGAGCGACAUUGCAAGCCAUACGAAUCAAUUGUUGGAGCCUCAGUCCGAGCCCACUUAUAUGCUGGAUGGUGGUCUCAAUACCAAUUGCAAACCCAUUCCCGAGACCGUGCUGCCGUUCCUCAGAACUUUCCAGUCAAUCCUGCAAGCCCUCAGCUUUGCUACCUUUCCCGUUGUCAACAAGGAGACCCAGUUCGAUCUGAGCUCGUCUCUGUAUUAUCAAGACUACGAGCACACUGUUGAAGUGGCACUGGAUUUGAUCUACAAUGUUGGCGCCGAGUACGGAGAUCGUCGUUGGCUGAAGCAGGGCGUUGAGCUCAUCAAGUUUAUGAGUACAGCGAUGGUGGGCCCACUGUUCCGCCCUUUUCAAACCCGUGCCCUCAAGUUUAUGUUUUUGGAGAUGGACUGGUUUAUAUCGCAAGAGGAAGCACGGCUCGGGCUUGUGUCGAUGACCCCCAAGCCCGUCUUCGAUGGUCCCUUGGACUCUCGGACGAUCGAAGAGUGGCUCGGGCAGCUGGAGGAGCUUAUCGACAUAUGGUCGCCCAACCUGGACGCCAAUCUUCUCUGGUUCUUUACGCGACCGCUCACUUCACCUCUUUUGAACCGGAUUCGAAUCCGAUGCUGCAUGAAUGCCAGCAUGAUGAAAUCACUGUUGAGGCUCUCCAAGAUUGUUAUUUCCGUGUUUGGCAAGCAUCCAUACGCAACCAACAUAUCUCAGGCCUACGAUCCAGACCCCGCUCCUGAGGAGCUUAUCAGCGAGUUCCUGUGUAUUGCAUCGAUCAUGCGGGACGACUCCCAGACCCAUUCGUUGCCUGACCCCUAUCGCGACGCAGCUGAUAUCUGGAGCGUAGGCGUUCCUGCGGAUGUCGAAGCCUCCCUUUGGAAGAUUGAGCAUUCCGGCCUACUUGCCUUGCUUAUUUUCGACCUCUCGCUUGUUAUGGAGGCCGUCAAGUGGGAGAUUCACGGGAUUUCCAAGAAAUCGAUCAUGGAUCUUUUGUUUGUCUCGCUCGAUGGAUGGAUUCGGGCUGAAGCCGACCAUCCUGGCUCGCCACUAUGGACAAAGGCUGUUUCGUCGAUAUUCCGUGCUUUAGGAGAGACCGUCAAAAGCCAGCGAUUUUUGCUGACGGCCAUGAAACUGCCUUCGGGCGAGCUCAAACUGAUUCUCGACGAUAAGCCGAUGCCAUUCAUUCAGCUUGUUCGAGAUGCCAUCGCAGCCUUUGGCAAGCGCCAGUCGGAAAUUACCAUGACGGCCGUGGGGCUCUUGCUUGACCUGAUGAAGGAGCUAUGCAAGUUCCCUGGAUUUGAAAGGAAUCCGAGCACACAAACGGAAACGAAUCGUCUUUGCCUGCUCCUUUGGCAAAGCAUUGAGUUGAUCAUGCCGUUGAUAGACACCGAACGCGACCCAGAGAAGCGCCUCAAGAUCGGCAGCAUGGUGUUGCUCUAUGUCGAGCAGUUUCAAAGCCCUUGGUUCGAUGCCGUUCUGGAGCCCCUGGGUAUCGGCACUCAGUACCGGCGCCAGACUUUUGUUCGCCCUGUGCUGAACCAUAUCAAAGAUAGCGAUCCUCACGUCCGUGGAACCUUCCUGAAGCUAUUGGCUCGGCUGAGCCCGUCGAUCCCGGCUUCGGAUCUGAUCCUGUAUGGCCAAAUGCCAAGCAAAUUCCAGGCGUUCAAGCGAAAGGUGAUGGGAACAGCCCAUUCGGGUGUGUUUCGAUCGCAACACUUUUCGGUCGUAGUUUCGUACUUGGGCAUGGCCACGCACCUGCAGCCCUCAAAAGAUGCAGACCAAACCCCGGCUCUGCUCUCGAUCGAUCCUUCGGGCUCCCUCAGCGAUUGGCUCAUCAAGCUGUUCCAGUCGUGUAACAACGACGAGAUAGCGCGCCAGUAUCCUCAAGCCUCUCUUGACUCCUCGACUUUUGUUGAGGCAAUCAGCUCGGACGACAACCUCAUGUUUUGGGCGCUGUGGGAAGCGGCGCGCUACUGUAUACUUGCCAGAUUGCGCACAUCUUUUGGCGGACCGAAGCAGACGUUCGAGGCCAUUGAGUUUUCUCUGCAAAACGUCCACAAGGCUACUCACGAGUGGAUAAAGUUGUCCGAUACGGAGCACGGCGAAAGAGCAAUGGAUCAGCUGAAACUUGCGCGCCACUUGCUGCAGUUUAUCGAUCUGCUUGAAUUGCAAAUCGAGAAUGCAAUUGCUGGCACGUCCAGUCAGCGACUGCCACCAGCGCCGAAAGCCUCGAUUGCUUUCUUCUCGGCAAACCGCAAAGUGUGCCACGAUUGGUUUGCUCGCAUCCGCAAGAGUGUCGUGGCGCUAGGGCAGUAUCUGGGCUCAUCUGAACUUGUCAUUCGGCACUCGAGUCUGCUUCUCACCGACCGGAUGGGACUUUUGCGGCGAGGCAAUGUCCGAGAUCUGGAUGCCUGGAGUAGCGACGUUUCUACCAGAAUCGUGCAUCUGGCGCUUGCCAUGUCCAAGCUCACGGAUCCAGAUCCCAUUGUGGGUCUUGUCCAAUGGUCGCGAAAGGUCACCUACGUUCCCGUGGACGUCACUCCCAAAAGGACCAAGGAGCCCGACAUGAAGCGCUUGAUUCUGGCCAAGAAGCCCACGGACGCGGUCGAGUCUGGAAGCGAGCCCGCAGGAGAUGCGUUCGUGCCUGUCACGGGCACGGUCAAGAUUGAUGUGGCCUGGAUCGAGGCACUGGGCUGCAUUUCCGAUGCGCGCUUCGAAACUGCGAUUGAAUUGCUCCGUGCCCGUCUCAAGAUGAUGAUUCAAAAGGGUGAUCUGCCAAGCUACCACCAUGAAAUAUCUGUGCUGAUCAAGCAGAUUACAAACUGCUACGUUGCCCUCGCCGAUUACGAGUCAAUGAAGCAGUGGCUGCCAAUUUUGAAGGAGUGGCGGUCUGAAUAUGUCGGCACUGAACUGGCCUCCACAUUCGACACUGGAUACGCCACCGAAUACCUUCGCAGCUGGUGGCAACUUGGUCGUGGCGAUGCACCACGUGUAUCCCAGUCGCGGUUGUCGUCUGCAGAGGUCCCAACUCCUGUGGAGCUCCUUCAUGGCGGCCUAGUCAAGGGCACUUUCAACUGGGCUGCGAGGCAGCAAACCGACGCACUACUGCUGCUCCACGGCGCUAGUUCGGACGACAGUUUAGUUUCGUCGGUAUUAGGCCUUAUCGACUCAGCGGAGAAGCGAGUGCUGGCGGCGCUGCAACUCGUUGACCUGGAGUCGCCCGAGCAGCUUUCAUCGGCGUUCUUGGAACUGCAAGCUAUAGGCGCACUUCGAGAGAUGUUGGGCGGCUGCUUGGGCUACUCGACCGACCUUGUGGCACACAGCGAGUCGUCUCAUCUCAGCAACCUCAACCGCCUCGGCUCCCUGAUCCAUUUCGCCCAGUCUCACCACUUGGACUGUGCCAAAGGAUGCACAGAUGUGGUCUUGAAGAUUGCCAAAGUUGCCCGGAAGUCCGAAUGCCACGCGCUUUCGAUCAAAACCCUGAGGCGACUGGAGAAACUGGAUGCCGGAAUGCACAUCGAUCAGUUCGAUUGGAUUUACCAAAAGGCCAAGACGCACUUUGAAUGCGGCCAAGUUGACGAGUUCCUCGGAUCGCUCGCCAAGCUGGCAACUUGGGCCGCCUCUGCCAAUGUCGAUACAGCUUCAAAGGCCCCAUCAAUCUUGUCCAAGGCACUGCUCUACCUGUCCCAGAGGACACGCAGUAUCGACCUCGAAAGUGAGGUGUCCUCGCGAUUGGUAGAGAAUCUGGUGGUCAUCUGUGCCUCCCCCGAAAUAUCGCAGAAAGCCGGAGACUUGACAACGGGGGCUGAGCACGCUCACUAUCGCUUUGCUGAGUAUCUCGCGACCCAGAGUUUGAUCCGCGCAAAAGACACAAAUCCGGCAUCUGCCAAGGUCUGGUUCGCUUACUCCUCGUACUGCUAUCGCUUGGGACGAAAGCUUACUGAAGAGGUGACAGCGGCACACAACAAGCAAUUCGUGUUCCUCGAAGACGAAUUCAAAUGCAUUCUUGCCCACACUGCCGGCGGCGAUGAGCCCGUCGAUACCAGCACCAUGCGUCAGGUUCUAGCCGAGAUCUUUUUGAAAGACGUCGAGAAAAGUGGCAUGACUGGUGGUAGCGCUGGCUUGGAUGUUGCUCAGGCAAUCGAAACACGCCUUCGGCAAGCAUUCCCAUCCAUAGACGAUAGUGGCGUUCGCGCGGUCAUCGGAAUUGUGCUGGGCAUAUACAAGCGAAUCCUGGACCACUACGAGAAUGCCGUCGUGGGUUACUUUACGUAUCUGCGUCUCAACCACGAUGCGGACUCUAAAACCUGCCCCGACGAUGAGGUGCUACACAGCGGGGCGGAUGCCGCGGGUACCUCAACAAACGAGUACAAUGUGAUCGUUGCGGCACUUCGAAUUCUUCGGCUGUUUGUCAAAUUUGGCGCAGCUCUCGAGCCCGUAUUCCGCCAAGGCUUUGCCGAUAGUCCCACGGCUCCCUGGGAGAGCGUCACUCCCCAGCUGUUUUCUCGCCUGCGUCACCCUGAGCAUUUGGUGCGUUCGCUCAUCACAGAUGUGCUUUGCCGCAUCGGCCGCGAUUCCCCUCACCUUGUCAUCUACCAUGCUGUCGUUGGGUCGCUGCUGGCGAUUCGCGAGUCUUCGGCAGCGGACUCGAGCUUCAUCGCAAUCGUCUCGUCUCUGCGAAAAAACGGGCUGUCGACGCUGGUUUCCCAGGUCGAGCGGAUGGUCAGCGAGCUGCAGCGCAUCACGGUACUGUGGGAAGAAACCUGGCUCCAUCGCUUGGAUCAAAUGCAAAGCGACAUUGCCAAGCGCCUUCAGCGGUACGAGAAUGAGCUCCACAGGAUCACACACAACAAGGCGGCCUCGGGCAGAAGCCGAGAAACCGCUCUGCGGGAUGCCUAUAACAUCAUCAUGAACCCCAUCUUUGUGGAGCUGGACCAUCUGGGCAGCAGCACCAUCCAUGCGGCGGCCUCGACGGACCACGAACGACUGUUUCAGCAGCUCUACAAGGAUGAGAUUGACCGGGCUUUGAUGCUGAUUAAAGCGCCUAGUGAUGUAGAGAAGCCCCAAGAGGCCUGGACACUAUUCAAGAAGGUUCACGCAAAACUCGGAUCCGAGCUUCACCGAUUCCGGGCACUCAAAAUGCAUUCGAUCAGUCCGCUACUGGCUGGACGACAGGGAUCCAUGAUCCCCAUCCCUGGCAUCCCGAUUCAUGGAGAGCUGAUUACAAUCGAGCGCAUCCUCGAGGAUGUACAGGUGCUCAAUACCAAGACCAAGCCCAAGAAGAUCACCAUGGUUGGCUCGAACGGACAGUACUACACGUAUCUCCUGAAAGGCCACGAGGAUCUGCAUCUCGACGAACGCGUCCAGCAGUUGCUCACCAUCACGAACCAGAUGCUGCGUCACGAUAACGACUCCAAGCGGCGUCGUCUGCAUGCCCGCGGCUAUUCCGUGAUUCCUUUUGGCCACCAACACGGAAUGAUCCAGUGGGUCCAGAAUGUCAUGCCCGUCUUUGCCAUCUACAAGGGAUGGUUCCAGCGCGACCACGUGGCCACCAUGCUCCAGAAUAACCAGCAACCCGAUGCCGAUUACAAGUUUCCGACGACGCAUGGGCUUUAUGGCGAAAGGGUCCGGGUGGCCUUGAGAAAGUACAAACUCCCAAGAAACGCCCCAAGAGGCUCGUGGCCGCGCUCGCUGCAUCGCGAUGUCUUCAAAAAGCUUAACAGCGAGUCGUCGUCGAUGGCCCUCUCGCGCGAGCUGUGGUGCUCGUCCAGCUCUCCGGCCGAGUGGUGGACGAAAACAAACAGCUAUGCCCGGUCACUGGCCGUCAUGUCCAUUGUGGGCUAUCUCAUUGGCUUGGGCGAUCGCCAUCUCGACAAUAUUCUCUUUGAUCCAUCAAGCGGAGAUGUCCUGCACAUCGACUACAACGUGUGUUUUGAAAAGGGAAGGAAGCUGCGAAUCCCCGAAACAGUGCCCUUCCGCCUAACACAGAACUUUCUAUCGGCCCUGGGCAUCACCGGCAUCGAGGGCACCUUCCGCAUUGCCUGCGAACACACCAUGCAGGUGAUGCGCCGCAACAAGGAAAUCAUUCUGACGCUGCUCGAAGCCUUUGUUUACGAUCCUUUGGUGGACUGGACCAGCAAUCUCUCGGACAGUGUGCGCAAGCGCGUUCUGGAAGUCAAUGUCCACAUUGGCCUGAUUGUCUUGCGCCUAGCCGAGCUCAAGCCAGCACUUGACAAAGACGAGCGACAGAUGAUGACGACAGUGAGGGACAUCCAACGUAACCUUGAGGGCUUUAUCCGACGGCUGAACCAUCGCGACGAUGUCACGGAAAAGAUUGAGGCGUAUCGGCAGGAGUUGCGCCUGUCGUGGAGCCCUGACCAGCAACAGGCUGAUGAGAACGAGACCGCAGCCGAGCUUGCUCAUCAACUCGAGAUGUACCGCGAUUGGAAGGCCCGUCAUGAAGCAGCGAUGAUGAACCAUGAGGCGCUCGACUUCCAAGAUCUGCUAGAGCACUGCACCGCAUUUGCGAUUAUUCCAUUCUGGUCGGAUCAAGGGUCAACAGAUGUUGAAGGACUUGAUCCGAAUCAAUUCAAUGAACUCUCUGCACUCCAAGAUCAGCAAAUCAGUCUUGUUACGGACCUCACGGAAGCUAUGCAGGAUAUUGCGGGACACUGGAAUGCCUAUCAAGAACUCGUGGAAACGAUUCGUGACCACUUGCUCAAGCAAGAUUGGUUCAGGCUCCUCGCGUCUGAGCUGGAAGCCACCUUGACAGGCUCGGCGGGCACGUCCAUGCUCUUGACUACAAAGUACGAAGACACCGUGGGAGAAUCCUCUCAUAUUGUCUACACACGUCGAGCCACGCUGGAGACAACAAUGAAGACGAGUCUGAGGGACGCCAUCGCGUCGGUGGAUACGCUGGCUGAUCGCCUGACAGUCCUUGGCAGGGAGAGCGACACCCUCAAAGAGACCGCCUCGGAGGAUCUCCAUGGCUACCUGCAAUCACAUCCGAUGGAGGUGUUCAAGAAAAAGUUUCAAUGCGGAUCGGUCCUUGGACUUUGCGACCUGUCCUUCAUGCUCCACUCUCAACUGGCGCAGUCGAGUGGAUACAUGGAGAAGGGCGCCUUGUCAGGCCUGAAGCUGUCAUCGAUCGUCACAGACUUGAACGACACAUUUGUUGAUGUGAUGGGCAAGUAUGUCUACCGCCCACAAGGGGCACAAACCGGUUUCCUCGUCGCACACAUGAUCACGGUGUUUGGAUCCAAAAUCCGCGUUUCUUGGCUUUUCGUCCAAGCUGCCAAACGGGUCGCUGCCAAGCGGAUCGGAUCUCGAUCGCUGGAAGCAGCUGAUUGCGCAGUUCAGGAAUCAAGGUAUCAGUAGCAAGUCUUUGGAGCUCCGUGAGCUGAUGGGGCUGUGCGCCGCGGCCUUCCAACCGAUGGAAGAUGCUGUCGCUGCGUUGGCCGCAGCCG